GCGAGUCAAGUUUCAUAGCGAGUAGCUGUUGAAAAAUUUAAAAUUGUCAAAUUGUGGGAAUUUGAGUUCGCGUUUUGUUAUUAACUUAUUUAAUAUUUUUUCAGUUACAAACAAACUUUUAUUAAACUGCGUGAUACUUUCUGAAUUGUUUAUCAUAAUGUUAAAUGAAGAAUUAUUCACAGAGCCUUGCUUGGAACGCCAUUUUACGGGGCACUGUUCCAGCAUAACACAAGUGCGUUUUAGUCCUUGUGGCCAACGUUUGGCCACCAGCUCCAUGGAUCUCUCUGUAAUUUUGUGGGAUUUAAAACAAGCUGCACGUUGCAUACGCUUUAGCGCACACUCUGGCGCUGUUUACAGUGUGUGUUGGUCGCCUAAAUCGAACUUGGUUGCAUCGGCUAGUAAGGAUCGUACAGUGAAAAUUUGGGAACCAAAGAUACGUGGUGUUUCUGGCGAAUUUUUAGCACAUAGUAAAGCGGUGCGCAGUGUAGACUUUGAUCCGAGUGGCACCAUGCUCAUCACUGCCUCCGAUGACAAAACGCUGAAGUUAUGGAAAGUCGCGCAGCGUAAAUUUUUAACAUCAUUCACCGGGCACACUAAUUGGGUGCGUGCCGCCAAGUUCAGUCCUAAUGGCCAAUUGGUAGCGUCCUGUGGUGAUGAUAAAUCGCUCAGAAUUUUCGAUGUCACAUCAGGUGAAUGUGUGCGUACAUUUACCGAAGAACGUGGCAUGGGUCGCCAGGUGGCCUGGCAUCCAGAUGGCAAUUUAAUAGCCGUUGCAUUAAGUUGUAAUCGCGUGAAAAUAUUUGACAUCGCCGAGGGUGAACUAAUACAAUUAUAUCAAGUACAUUCUGCGCCAGUUAAUGAUUUGGCAUUCCAUCCUAAUGGCAACUUUUUGCUAACUGGCGGUGAUGAUGACACUAUACGACUAUUAGACUUACUAGAAGGACGACCCAUAUAUACGCUGACAGGUCAUACAGAUAAGGUUUGUGCGGUAGCAUUUUCACCGGACGGACAACAUUUCGCAUCGGCAGGAGAAGAUCGUCAGUUGCUCGUUUGGAAAUCAAAUUUACACACAUUUGACGCCGAUAGUUUCCGUGACAAGCAAGCUUCAUUCCAGAAAGAAAACAUUGAUAGCAGUCAUGUGGCACCACAUAACUCUGCGGUGGACACAGAUUCAAAAGUUUGCGAUGACACCAUUUUAAUUGACCCACGUCAUUCUGUCGCAUAUAAGCUGCGCGAUGAGAAUUUCCAAGUGCUUGAUAGUCAAUACACAACGGCAAAACAGCAAUCAGUAAGCAGCUUUACUACAUCACUACGACAACAACAACAACACGAAACCUUAGACAUGUUAGAAACAGACGCAAAUGCUGAUAGCAUUAGUUACACCAGUAACAGCAGCACCUCUCUACUACAUAUGCCAAAUAAUCGUACAAACAGUUGCAACGACUACGACGACGGCGACGAAGUGCGCGGAGCAUCUAGCAAAUAUUUUUAAUUUCAGUUUUCGUAUUUUUUAUUUUUUACUUUGAAAUGCUGCUGCUGUUAUUUUUUAUCAAUACGCACUAAAAGCAAAAUUCUGUUAAUUUUUUUUUAAUAACUACAUAUUUUAUUUAUUUAAUUUAAAUGUCGCGCCGGAUUACCCUUAACACGUACAAUAUUAAUCCUUUUAAAUUUUCAAUAAAGCAUUUUUUAAUAAAAUUAUUGUGUUGUGUUUAUAAUCUUAGGUAUUUAACACAGCGAUAUAUCAAUGUGCUGCGACGCAAACUUCAAAUGAAGACUAUUCGCAGCUAGAAUCGAAUGCACUGCAGACGCAGUUGGCGGAAAUUGUGACAACAUUGCGAGAGCUAGAACAACGUGUUAAAUAUAUAGAAAAUGUCAUUUCAGAAAAUUUAUAAUGCAAUGCCACUUUCAAAAAGCAUACAUAUUUCGUCAUAUAUUGAUUGGGAUCAUAAGCAAUUACA